UCUCUUGUUGAUGUGAGAACUGUUUUGUUUGUCUUAAGCUAUAAGGUAUUUUCAUUGCUUUAAUAUGAGACAAAUAAAACUGUAUUUUAACAUUGUUAAUUCAAUUAGAAUUCCUACAGAGGAGAGUCUGUAGACAGUCAGUCUCACUAUUUAUUGCUCCAUCUUUUUAGCUGUCCAAAAAAUAUGGACCAGUGUUCACAGUCUACUUAGGAAUGCAGAAGGUGGUGGUCCUGGCAGGAUACAAGACAGUCAAACAGGCUCUGGUCAACCAUGCUGAGGAGUUUGGAGAACGAGAAGUCACUCCAAUAUUCGAUGAUUUCAACAAAGGACACGAUAUACAACGCGUUUCCUUGGCUGGGACCUUGUAUUAAAAACUGGAGGGAUUUGAUGAAACUGGUGGAGGACAGCAUAAAGGAAACAAAGAGCAUGAUAGCUGACCUGAAGGAGACUCUGAACCCUGACAUGUGCCGAUGCUUUGUGGAUGCAUUCCAGACCCGUAAACUGAGUCUUGAGUAGUUUAAUCACCAAGGAAAUAGGGAAGGGGCCCCCAGGACCGAGGCCUCUUCCCCUGCUUGGUAACCUGUUGCAGCUUGAUCUCAAGAGACCCUACAAAACCCUCUAUGAGGAAUCCUGUUUGCAAAUGGAGAAUCAUGGAAAGAGCUGAGACGUUUUGCCCUCAGCACCCUGAGAGACUUUGGCAUGGGCAAAAGAAUAGCGGAGCAAAAAAUCCUAGAGGAAUGCCACCAUCUGACCCAAAUGUUUGAAGAUCACAAAGGGAAACCAUUUGAUACAGCGCGUCCGUUGAAUUAUGCAACAUCCAAUAUCAUCUCCUCUAUCGUGUAUGGCAGCAGAUUCGAAUACAAUGACCCCAGAUUCAAGGAAAUGGUCAGAAGAGCCAACCAGGCCAUAUGCAUUGUUGGAUCUGCACAAAUCCAGCUCUACAACAUGUUUCCCAGGCUGGCCAGUUGGAUAAAGAACCGUCAGCUGCUUUUACGAAAUGUUGAGAUGACCAUAAGAGAUGUCAAGGCUUUAGUCAAGAAUCUGAAAGAGACUCUGAACCCUAGCGUCUGCAGAGGGCUUGUCGACUGUUUUCUGAUUCGGAAGGAGAAAGAAGAAGACUCUUGUGUGAAGGACACUCACUACAACGAGAAGAAUUUGAUAUUUACAAUAACCAACCUGUUUUCUGCUGGUACCGACACCACAGCAGCUACACUGAGAUGGGGUUUGCUGCUUAUGGCUAAAUAUCCGCAUGUACAAGACCAGGUCCAGGAGGAGAUGAGCAGAGUGAUAGGAAGCCGUCAGGCAGGGGUCGAUGACCGGAAGAACCUGCCGUACACUGAUGCUGUCAUCCAUGAGAUACAGAGACUGGCCAACAUUGUCCCCAUGGCCAUUCCUCAUAAAACCAGCCGAGAUGUCACCUUCCAAGGAUACUUCAUCAAAGAGGGGACUACUGUGCUUCCUCUUCUUACUUCUGUCCUGUAUGAUGAGAGUGAAUGGGAAACACCACACACUUUCAACCCUUCCCACUUCCUGGAUAAGGAGGGUACAUUUUUCAGGAGGGACGCCUUCAUGCCAUUUUCUGCAGGUCGCAGGGUGUGUCUGGGGGAGAGUCUGGCCAAGAUGGAGCUGUUCCUCUUCUUCACCUUCCUCCUCCAGCGCUUUCGUUACACUCCUCAACCUGGAGUUACAGAGGAUGAACUGGAUCUCACUCCAGCUGUGGGCUUCACCCUCAGCCCGUCACCUCAUGAGCUGUGUGCCGUUAGACGCCAAUGAGUAAUGGAGCUAGGGCACUGCAUUAUAACUGCUUGUAAAAAUGAAUUGUGUUUAACUCUUAAUCAGCUAGCAUUUGUCCUAUUCUCAUGAAGUUGUCUGAAAUUGUAUUUUAGAAAUAAUGUUAUAUUACUAUAACAUUUUUAGAACUGCCUCUUCAUACAGCUGAUACCUCAUGUUUAUCUUCAAUGUACAAUCAAUUGCAUUUAUUUACCAAUCUUAUAUUUUUGUCACCAUUUUUUACCUUGAAAAUAAAUACUUAAUAAUUCAAAGAAAAUUCUGGAUUCAAGCGUUGUGCUUCUGCUUGCUAACAUGCUAAAAAGUACACACAGGUCCUUGAUCAUUCAUUGCUGCCCAUUGUAGGCCUACUUCUCUAGAAAUAAAAGGACUAUUUUGUUUGCAUACAGUAAGCACAGUGUAGGUCGAUUUAAAUAGGUUUCUUUUGUGCCGUUGAGAUGGUGGUGAAGAACUUAAGAUAGCUCUCAGCCUAAAAGCAUUCAAGAACUUUGAGUGAAUUGAGAAAUGCUGUUUGUUUGUAACAAAUGCUUAACUAGCCAAAUAGUCCCACCAAAUAAACACUAAGAUUUUUGUGACCAGC